AUGUUCUCAUAUCAAGCGUCUCGCUCCUUACUCGGAGUAGGCAAGCGCCUCAGGGUGCCCGUGCCAUUCCGCUCUUUAUCAUCCCCAACCCAGACUCCACCAGAACAAGAGAAGACACCAUCCGCAGACCUAACACCGACACCUACACCAGCUGCCCCCGUGGAAGCCUCGCCCCAGGAAGCCACUUCUGCGCCCCCCGCAAAAGUAGCUCCUGCCGCUACAUCUACCACGGACAUCAAACCCUCUGAACCACGUGUUAAGGAAUGGGCUGAACGGUUAGGAGCAUUUGACGAGGAAACCCGACUGCCGCGAAGUGUGCAAGCGAUAUACCUACGGCCGCUCCGGAGGAAGGCAGAGCAUGGUCUUCCUGUCUGCGACCUUCAAUUGCGAUCCUACAGUGUCCGCAAUGUCGAAUUCUUUGCAGACUUCGCCAUCCGUGCCGCUUACUACCUUAACCUCCCCGUGUCCGGACCUGUCCCUCUCCCUAGAAUCACCGAGCGUUGGACUGUACCUCGAAGCAACUUCGUCCACAAGAAGAGCCAGGAGAACUUUGAACGGAUCACCCUGCGACGACUGAUUCAAAUCAAGGAUGGAAACCCGCAAGCCGUGCAAGUCUGGCUUGCUUUCCUCCGAAAGCACGCAUUCUACGGUGUUGGUAUGAAGGCAAACGUGUGGGAGACAGAGAGUCUUGAUGUUGCCAAGGAUAUGGAUUCGUCCCUCUCCGAAGUCGAAGAGUCUCUUCGUCCUCACCUCGCACAGUUCGGUCAGCGAAAGGACAGCUUGGCUCCGGGCACAAUAUUCGACACCCUGGACAGCGAUCGGUUCGCAGAGCGCAAGAAUGUAUAG